AUGUUGGAAGAUAUUUAUGCUCCGAUAGAGGAGGAUGUUGAUCUGACAAGGAUUUUAGUGGAUUUCAACGCAGAAAAUAUGGCUGGUGUAGGAGCUGGAGACGUUCUUCACACUCUGGAUUCGGUGCUUGACAAGACCAUCGAUUAUUUUCGUCAACAUAAAACGAAGAUCAGUCCUGAGGUGGAAGAAAUCAUUGCAAAGAGGGAAGCUCUGAAAGCAGCCAUGCUUGAAACUAUGUUGACUGUGCCCAGAUUUCUUCCUAGUGAUUGGGUAAAGCAGUUUGAAGUAUACCAACAAGAGGCUUUGCGAGAAACAAGCGGCAUCAACUGGGCUCGGAUAAUGUUACUCUAUCCUAAGUAUAGGACUUUUGAAGACGGGGAAGCAGAUAUUUUCGGAAAUUUCACCCGUGCUCGGCGUAGCCAUUGGCUUAUGGGCAUCGUUUUUGGACCUCUGGAUUCGAAGACUUUUGAGGAAGUGGACAGAGAAAUCAAAAGUCAGGUUAGAUCACAACAUUCUUCUCAGACUUAUAACGAAAGCAGUACGUCGAAGUUGACUGAAUUUUUGACUAAACUCAUUUUUGCAUGCAAAUAUGCAGAGAAAAUGCAGAAAAAUAAUAAAAAUAAAGACCGCAAACUAAAAUCUCACUAUCAAAGUGAAAGCAGUGUAGCAAUAGGAUAUCGGUUCCAUGAGGGGAAAAUGACUGGAAAAUCUCAACCAAGCCAGUUUCCAUACGACUCUUCACAAAAUUCGUUCGUGGCCGAGAAAUCCGAAUCUAAACCUUCACCCAUCACCGUAUUCCUUCCUCAAGUACGGUGCCAGGCGAGAGACUGAAG